AACAACGUCGGGCACAUGGAGGGAAAUAAGAGUCCUGCUCUCCGGCAGGAGAGGACCCCAGCACCCCCGUGGGAGGCUGCCAAUGGAGGAAAACAAGAAAAAAAAAAAAAAAACAAACAGACAAACAGUUUUUUGGACCAAUGGGAAGAGACGGCAUCUCUCUCUCAGAUUUUCCCUAAACACAUCUCAUUUAAGGCAUCUCUCUUUCUCUCUCUCAGAUUUGCGAAUGAGAUUGAGUCAGGCCGAGUCGAGUUGCAGAGUUACUCUGACGAGUCGUCGCUCGGGUGGGAGACCGAGUCGAAGAAGAGUCAGACCUCGUUUGGGUCGACAGCAAAGACAAAGCAUGGCGAGGUCGAGAGGAAGAAAGGAACUCCAUGGAGAGAAGAAGAACACAGUGCUAAGUUUGAGGAUGAGAUAACAAGAAGGUUAAAGCAUACUGGAGCUAGCAUUAUAUCCAUGGCAAAUGUUGGUCCAAAUACCAAUGGAAGCGAGUUCUUUAUCACCUUGGCACCUACACCAUCACUAGAUUGAAAACACACAAUUUUUGGAAGAGUAUGCAGAGGAAUGAAAAUUAUCAAACGACUCUAUAGUGUUCAAACUGACAAUAAUGAUAGGUAUGUCUUUUUUCGGGAUAUAGUCUUUCCGUUUAGGUAUUAAUCCCCUAUGCUUAGUGCACUCUGCAAGAGCUCACAGCUGUCUGAUUUGCCAUUCAAUCAGAAUACAUGGGUAAUCUGCUCGGAUGACCAGCUUUUGUGUUAUCUUAAAUCUGAAACACUAAAAUGUAAAUGAUUAUGACGUAGAAGCUAUUUUGGCUUUUGUUUAAAUUUCCCUUCUUUCCUCUGCAUAUUUUGCAACUUCCACCAUGAACAGAACCUUAUGAAAAAUCUGAGUAAUUUUAGAUAAGUCUAUUCUAAAUUAUUUCAUGAUGAUAUCAGAAUAGUCAAAUUAUAUGAAUAAAAAGAAGGUAAGUGAUAAAUCCAAUAAAGGGUUAAUUACACCAAGAUCCCAUUAACUAUUUGUUAAUAUUACAUUACCCCCCUCAUCUAUAAACCUGUACAAUUUAACCCCUUCAACUAUGAAAACCAUACAAUGUCCCCUUCUGGAGGGGAGCAAGAGAAGAUGAAAGCGAUGCAUUUUUAUGAUUAAGGGGAUCAAAAUCUAAUUUAACUCUCUAAUACUGUAAACCAAGGGAGAUUCUGGUAGCAAACUUACAAUAAUUGUUCUCUCCUUUUGUGCAUCAGAAGAAUCUCAUUACAUAUCUGAAACCUGACCUUUAUGCCAGUCAAACAACUGGUGAUACAGCUUCUUGGUUUAUGAUUAUAGAUCUUUAACCAGAUAAGUCCACCUAAAUAUGUUGCAUGUAUUUAUCAGUGAAUUGUGGAUUCACCAUAUGAUUAACCUCAUGAAAAGAUCUAUACCUAACCCUCUGUUGCGAUUUAGCUACCUAAAUAAAAUUGGAUUGAUGGAAAAAAUAAUUACUGUCAUGUAAUGAUGAAUUCUUGGUUCAUGAAAUACAGAGAUUAUGCUGAAUUAGGAUUGUAAAUUACUCUCGUCCUCGUGGAAUGUUGUGAUUGUGCAAUUCAGUUUAGGGUUUGGACCCAAACAGGAAAUUGUAUUUCAUUUCACUGUGUAGAAGGCUUUAUUUUCCUCAUUUCCUUAGCACACUAAAGUUUGGUGUUCAUAUGAAAGUGAUCUAAUCCUAUUUUCAUCCAAAUGCAAGAUGGUUCUAUGAUGAUUUCCUUUAAGAACGAAGAUACAACCUCUCUGGUUUUCACUACAGAAAUUAAACUCUUUUGAUGCAUGUGGCAAUCCAGUUUAUGCGUUCAAACAAUGGAAAAAUUCUAUCUAAAUAAACAGGGAAGCAUAGUGAUGUUCUACAUGGUUUGUUCACUUGUCGACCAGAAAGGUCUAAAUUGCCAAUAAACCUAGGCAUAAGAAAGUAGCAGUCAUAAAGGAUAACUAGUCAAAAGCAAUUAAGGCAGAUUAAAAAAGUCACCAAUUUGAAUAGUAAUCUGCAAAUAAUACUCAAUUCUAGUGGACUAGUUAAUAUUAACUUUAAUUUUAUCUUCAAUU